CAAAAAGUGCCUCCACUUCCCUGUGAGACGAGAAGGAACCAUCAACACCAACCGGGCCAAACACAUUUGUCCUCAUUACCACCACCAUGACAUGGACUGAGGCCCAGAACUACUGCAGAGAACACCACACAGACCUGGCCAGUGUGAGGAACAUGGAGGAGAACCAGAUGGUACACAAUCUGGUUCCCUAUGGAGCGUACGUCUGGAUCGGCCUUUUCAGUGUUCAGUGGAAGUGGUCUGAUGGAAGUGAGUCCUCAUUUAGGAACUGGAAUCCUCUGGUGCCUCUUGAACUUGGUGGCUCCUCUAAGAAGUGUGUGGCAGCAGACUUCAGUUCCGCUGGACAAUGGGAGACCCUGGACUGUAACGUCAAGUCAGCGUUUAUCUGCUACCGUGACGUUGUUCCUGUUUCAAAGCAAGUGGUGAAAGUCAGGCUGGAGAAAAGCAGCUCCUCUCUGGAUCUGAAUGACCCUGUGGUGAUGGAGAACCUCUUGAAGAAGAUCAAACAGAGGAUGAAGGACCAGGGGCUGAACGACGACAUCAAACUGAGCUGGAAGAAGCAGUCGGAUGGAAAAGUCUUCCACAAGGAAGCGAAGAAGACCAAGAAGAGAAGAGAUGAGCUGUAA